UGAAACUUGUUAGAGAUGUGGAUGAGGAACGAAGUUUUUUAAUGAUACUGUAAAUCUUUCCCCCGGAAAAGUAUCGUUUUUUUAAUAAAUUGGGCUGUAUUUAGAAAACGUCGAUCUCAUUUUUCAAACGAAACUGUCUUUCAAGUUCAAGGUCAAACCGCAAUUGCAGAGAUUGCAAAUUUAUUUUUCAGUUUAGUCUGAUAAAAACAGAUGAUAGAAGAUUAUAUGUUGACAUAUGAAAGAUGAUUUAUGUGACAAUUGCCACAAGAAUUUGUGUCAGAUUGAGAGAAUUCAUGGAAUAAUUGAGUGUUUGUUGAGGUAAAAAGUGGACAUACGAAGUUCACUUGUUUCAGAUAUGGAUGCUUUGUUAACCAGUCUAACUUUUUAUUUCUUUUCAUUGAAUUUGCAGCUGAUAUCAGCAAACAAGCUUACUUGUGGAUUUCCUGGUACCCCAGCAUAUGGGUAUGUUAAACCAGACAGAGCUACGUAUUUUGAAGGAGAACUCGUUUUAUAUUUCUGUAGAGUAGGUUAUAUACUUCUAGGGUCACCUAUCAGUAGGUGUACUGCUGAUGGAUCUUGGUCAGAAGAUGCGCCUAUUUGUGAUGACAGUAUGACAACGUUAGGUAUUGCAUCUUCAACACCAACUGUCCCAGGUCAUUCAGCCGAUCUCGCCAUUGAUAGAGACAAAAAUACCUGCUCAUAUCUGAAACCAAAAAAACCCAGAUGGUGGAGAGUGGAUCUAAAAGGGAAACAUAAAGUGUUGUCUGUUGCUGUAACAGUGAUUUCUCCAGAUAAAUACAUGAAAUUUAGUGUGUUUAUAAUAAACAUUCAAGAGACCAGUGCUUCUUACAAAAGAUGUGAAUCUUUCACUGGAAAGUUUGACACCCAAACUGUUGUUUUUUCUUGCGCCGAGGGAAAAGGCAUUGAAGGUCAGAAAAUCCAUAUAGAAGACCAUCUCCAAGAAGAAAUUUUCGAAAUCUGUGAAGUCGAAGUUCAAGUUGAGAAAGACACUGGAUACGAUUGUGGUAGGCCCAGCCGAAAUCUUUACUCUAUCACUUACAACCCAAAAAAUGGGAAGGUGGAAUAUGGUUGCAUCAGAGGGUAUGAGAUGAAAGGCAAAGACUAUAGACACUGUUUAAGUACUGGUCAGUGGUCAGGUGAUCCGCCCAUUUGCGUGCCAAUUCUCUGUGAUAAUCUGGAUGACCUUGAACAUGGAAAUGUGCGAAUCACUUACGACAGUGAUAGUCCACCAAUGAAAGAAGCAGUCGCAAUUUAUAAAUGCAAUGAAGGUUACAAGCUUGAGGGACCUUUCAAACGAAAUUGCUUGAAAGAUGGAUCAUGGAGUGGAGAAGAUCCACAAUGCAGAGCCAUCCGGUGCCCAAUUCCAGAUGGCGAAGAUCAAGGUGGAGUUUACAGGCUAGUCAAUAAAACGAAUAGUAUGGGGAGUAUGGCAAUGUUAAGAUGCAAAGACGGCAAGAGAGAAGGAGACAAUCCAUACAUUAUAUGUACUGAAGAUGGCGAAUGGACCAAGCCGGAAGCUUACUGUAUUUUACCCUCAACAGACGCUUAUACAAGUCAGGAGCCACCAAGAAUAGAAAAUCAAGGAGAGCGAAAAACAAAUAAAGAAUCAUCUAAUACUUCCUUUCUAUAUAUAGCAACUUUAUUUAAAUGUUUAAUUCAAUUUUUUAGAUUUGGAAUGGUUGUUGCUGCUGUCAUGAUCGCUGUCUUAAAUUCAAAUAAACCAGAACUUCCAAGUCGUUCAAUUGAACCCCCUGUGCCAAUCCCAAGACCACCUUUAAGGAUUAAUAAAAAUGUUGCAUUUAAAUCUGUUUUCACGCGGCUCAUCAGUCGAGAUAAUGAUGACAAUCAAGAAGAACCCAAAGUUACAUACAAGGAUGAGCCAGCUGUCAUUCAAGUAGAAGUGUUGGAUAAUGAUGAUUCUGGAAAGAAAGUAGAACCGCUCUCAUCAGUUCCUGAACAAAAUGAAGACACCAGUCCUGAAAAUGUAGUUCUUGACAUAGAAGACAAAAGCAAUAAAGAUUCAACUCCAAAAGAACCACGAAGUGCCGUGACAGAGCCAAUCCACUUCCUCUGGAUGAGCUCGGGAGGGAAAAGACAUUUCACUCUCCACCUCUUCCGAAGCAUGCUUUUAUCAGCAAAUCCAAAGAUGAAGAGGAGAAGGAAGAAUCUAAAACAUACUGUGACCAAGUUAAGAGAAAUAUUAAACGACAAAGCUAAGGAGAAAGGAGAAAGAAAUGCGAAGGAAGAAAGAAUAGCGAAAGAUGAGAAGAAAGCCGAAGGAGAAGAAAAGAAGAAAUCCGAAGCUCCUGCAGGAAGGGAAUAA